UUCUGCUGGAAGGAGCUCCGGUUGUGUGCUCCUCCAGCUUCACUGAGGGUGGGGGAUUUCACCCGGGAUAGGGCGUGUGGUGCAAGGGAGUUCGGGGGCGGCUGGCCUCGCUGCAGCAGCAGCGUCCUUCGCCCGGCUGGGCGCACUGCGCUUCCUGCUUCUUUUGGCCUUGGGCCCGCACGGUUUGACUCUCUCCCCUCUGGCCCCUGGAAGAGGCCUUGCUUUUUAAGGCAAUUGGGGCUUGGGUGUGUGUGUGGGGGGGGAUUCCCCUUUCACUCUCCUGGGCGUUUCCAAUACUGUUGCUGUUGGUUGUGUUUUCAAUACUGUUGUUGUUGGUUUUGUUUGUUUUUUCUUCCUGCUUUAUUGGUUGGGCUUCUUCCCUGUCCCCUGGCAAUAGAGAAGGGUUUGGAGUGCUCUGCCCAGCUGGGUGGGGAUCGGGAUUUGGCCUUGGUGGGGGUGCUUCCCUCAGGCUGAGGUGGGGAAUUCUUUUGUGGUGCACAUUGACCUUAUUGGGUUGGUGUGGCUUUGGGGGUUUUUCCUGCCUUCCUGCAAGGUGUGUGUGUGCUGGCUGUUAGUUCUUUGGUUGACUGGCUGUUUGCUUGCGGUGAGUCAUGCCUAGGAAGGCCAAGGGGAAGAAGGGGGAGAGACCCAUCAGACAGCCUAAGAGGCCAGCUGCUCCUCCUCCGUCUUCCUCUGAGGAUGAAGACGAAGAAAUGGGUGUUAUUAGGGCCCUGAUAGGGCGGAUGGAGGCGUUAGAACGGGCCAGGGCUGUGCCAUCGGAUCCCGGGGCCGGCCCGUCUGGUGGCGGGGGCGUUCCACCCCCCAAGGUCCCUCGCAGGACUCGGGGGGCUACUAGAACCCAGUUAUUGAAAUCUAUUUCCAGUAGGUUGGAGGCCCUGGAGAAGGCAGGGGCUCCUGCUGGACCUGAUGCUCCCUCUGAACCUGCUGCUCCAUCGCUGCCAUCGCCAGAUCCGCCUAGGCAGCCAGCUCCUGCUCGACCGCCGGACCCGGUUUCUGCACUGCCUGGACCUGUUUUACCUCAGCCUGUGGCGCCGGUGGAGCAACCCCCGCUGGAUCCGUCUCUCCCUGUGGCCCCGGGUAGACAGAUUCAGGGCGUUAGCUCCCGAGGCUGCGACGCUCCCGGACCCCAUGCCGGAAGUCCUGUGGCAGCUCAGCAGUUGGAAGCCCAGCAGGCCAUAGCAGCGUCGUUAGCGCCUAGUACCAGGGCGAGUUACGCGGCCAAGAUAGCGGCUUUUGCCCAAUUCCGGAUGGCUGAAGGUUUGGCAGAGUCUUGGUCUGCCCCGGUUGGUCACCUGCAGCAGUUUUUAGUUUCGCUACACAGGGCGGGGCGAUCUGGGUCCACCUUGGGUGGUUACUUGGCGGCCUUGUCUUUCGAGGCUCAGGUGAGGGGGGUCGGUGAUACCUCAUCCGAUCCGCGUAUCAGGCGCAUGUUGGAGGGAUGGGCCAGGAUGUCUCCGGCUCCGAGUGACAGCAGGUGCCCGAUUACGCUGGACAUGUUGGUUUCUAUGGUGGGUCGCCUGGACGGCUGUUGUUCCACCCCCUGGGAAGUUUCCCUCUUUAGGGCAGUGCUUUUGGUUGCCUUUUUUGGCGCAUUUCGCCCCUCUGAGUUGCUGCCACGCAGCAGUCGUUCCCCGCGGGAUUGCUGUCUCCAGCUUUCAGAUUUAACAUUUGCGGUGGGUACAGCUGUUCUGUGCCUCCGCCGCUCGAAGACGGAUCAGAGGGGCAAGGGUCAAUUGGUCACUUUGGCUGGGGCCACAGAUUCUGCGCUCUGCCUGGUGGCAGCCCUUAAGCAUUACAUUGGUCUCUGUCCUCGGCCCGGGGGAUGUUUGUUCCUUCAUGAGAGCGUCUGCCCAUUAACGCAAUAUCAGUUUUUGACGGUGAUCAGGAAGGUCCUUGGGGGAGCCGGGAUCCCCACAGCCGGGCUCACCCUUCAUUCCUUCCGUAUAGGAGCUGCCUCUACUGCCUCAGGGAUGGGCAUGACCGAGGACGCCGUGCGGCGGAUUGGGCGUUGGAGGUCCUUGGCGGUCAGGCGGUAUGUGCGCUGACAGCGGCCAACGUCUCAUGGUAUCUUCUGUGUUCUCCCCACAGGUGCUGGUGGAGCGGCUGCUCCGGUCCGGAUCCUGGUGUGUGGCCAUUCGCUGGUCUUUUGGGCCUUUCGGCGGGCCAGCACCUCGCAGUGGGGCACACAGCUAGGUUUCGGCCGGAGGGCCUCUAUAUAUUGGUUGGGCAUGCGGGGCAUGCAGUGGGGCCAGUUGCUCCCCGUGGUUAGGAGCCAUUUAGACAGUUUUCCUGCCCCGCAAGUGGUAAUUUUACAUUUAGGAGAGAACGACUUGGGCCAGCGAACUGGCCUCUCAAUUAUUCGGCAAGCCGCAUCCGAUUUUGAGGUUCUUAGGACUUGGAUUCCGGGGGUAUGCAUCCUUUGGGUUAACUGGCUCCAGCGUAGAGUAUGGAGGGGGGUGUCUUCGGGUCUUGGGGUUGAGAAAGCUCAUCGUAAGGCUUCAGCGGCCAUCGGCCAUAUGGUUAGAGCAGCUGGAGGUGAGGUCAUACUCCAGCUGGGGAUAGCGGCCCGCCUUCCUCAGCUGUAUCGUCCAGAUGGGGUUCAUUUGUCCGAGGUCAGGUGCGAUUUGUACCUGGGCAACAUUCGGAGGGGGCUUGCCGAGUUUUUGGAGGUUUAUGGGGCAGGGAGGUCAAGCGUGGGCUAACCUCCCUGUGUGGCAGUAGCAGUGCGGGCAAAGGGGAAAUUGAGGUUAGAUCUCGGUGAGCACCCUUGGGUAUUCUAAGGUUGAUUGGUUAAUCGCUCCUUUGUUGCCUGUGCGGCACGGGGAGAAUGAUUGCCAAGAAAACCAGCUUCAGGACUUCACCAACCUUUGGGCUCUGCGGUCCGGGGUGGUUGAAGUCCCUGAGGUAUCCAGAUCACUUCCUGAAAAGGGGGUGGUUGGCUGUGAAGGAAUGGGGCGGGUCAUUCCUGCCCUAUUUCCUGAGCCAGGGUGUGUCGCCCAUGCAGGCUAUGUGCAGGGCUAUGUGUCCUUGCUCAUGCCUAGGAGCCCGCACUGUUGUUUAGCGGUGAUUAAUCACCUAAAGUUCCAGUUCGCCAUGUUGUAAUUUUAAUAAAGUUGUGGCCCUUUGCACCAUA